CCUUCCUGAAAGGCUGUUCAUCUGAAUAUGAUAAGGCAAGAGUCAUUAGCUGCGGUGGGCCUAUUGCUGGGAGCUGGCUGGACGUUAUACCAAAUACGCAGGAAUUCACUAUGAGUAACAUGGAUUUCCGUGUUGCUUCUUUGUUGCGACUUGGUGCUCCUCUGCCAGAAUUACAAGCGUUAGACAACUGCAUUCCUCAAUGUAAACAACCUCUUGACAGUAGUGGCUACCACAUACUAACGUGUAAAUGGGGAGGGGGAAUCAUUCGACGCCAUGAUCACAUUGCAGAUUGUUUAUACAAAAUGCUUACCUCUGUUGGAUAUCGAUGCAGAAAGGAGUUGCCAGAUCAAUUCGAUGGAAAACAAAGACCAGAUGUUGCUGUCUAUGACUAUAAAGAUGGAAAAAAACUUCUACUUGACGUUACCAUUGCUCAUCCUGCAGCUAGGAAGUACAUCUCUAAAAGUCAUUCAGUAGCAGGCUUUGCUGCUACAGAGAGAGAAAAGCAAAAGAACACAAAGUAUCUUUCUAAAUCUAGAGAGUUGGGGUAUCUUUUCAAACCGUUUGCAAUGGAAGUAUUUGGCCGAUGGAGUGAUUCAGCCCAAAAUUUUUUAUCGGAAACAUCAAAGUUCGCAGCUUCAUCUUUACAAAUAUCCAGCGCUGAGUUCCUCCACAUGUGGCGCCGACGCUUUGCCACGUGUCUUCAAAAAGAAAACGUUUCCAUCAUGUCAGAAAAGAUGAAAUCGCUUGUCCCAAAGACCACUGUGGAUGCCAACUUUCGUCAGAAGCAGCCUGUCAGAUGCUUUGGACUUGACUUUAGUUAAUUAAAGUAAUUACCAUAGUGCAUGCUUAGUUAGAAUCUUAUGUAGUUCGUAAUCUAUGUAGAGUUCCUCUUUAGUCAUAGUUUCGUUUUAGUUCAGUUGAACUGUUUUCAGCUCCUCCUAUAGCUUGUUGAAAUUAUCUGCUGUAUUUUGUUGAUGUUGAAUUAUCUAAAUAGAGAGAGAGAGAGAGAGAGAGAGAGAGAGAGAGAGAGAGAGAGAGAGAGAGAGAGAGAG